AGGAACAAGAAGAAGGAGGCAGACCUGCUGACAGCUCAGGCUCGCCUGAAGGAUUUGGAGGCACUUCUGAACUCGAAGGAUGCCGCACUUUCCACUGCGCUGGGCGAGAAACGCAACCUGGAAGCCGAGCUGCGGGACCUGAAAGGCCAGCUUGCCAAGCUGGAAGGAAGCCUCGUGGAUGCAAAGAAACAGCUUCAGGAUGAGAUGCUUCGCCGCGUCGAUGCGGAGAAUCGGAACCAGACCCUGAGGGAGGAGCUGGAGUUCCAGAAGAACAUCUACGGCGAGGAGCUGCGGGAGUCCAAACGGCGGCACGAAACACGCCUGGUCGAGAUUGACAGUGGGCGCCAGCGGGAGUUCGAGAGCAAGCUGGCCGAUGCCCUCCUGGAGCUGCGCGCCCAGCACGAGGGACAGAUCGGUUUAUACAAGGAGGAGUUGGAGAAGACUUACAAUGCCAAGCUGGAGAACGCCAAGCUGUCCGCAGAAAGGAACAGCACCAUGGUGGGAGAGGCCCACGAGGAGCUCCAGCAGAGCCGAAUCCGUAUAGACAGCCUGAGCACCCAGCUGAGCCAGCUCCAGAAGCAGCUGGCAGCCAAGGAGGCAAAACUGCGUGAUCUCGAGGAUGCGCUGAGCCGUGAGAGAGACUCCAACCGCCGAGCGCUGGCGGAAAAAGACCGCGAGAUGGCUGAGAUGAGGGCCCGUAUGCAGCAGCAACUGGACGAGUACCAGGAGCUGCUGGACAUCAAGUUGGCAUUGGACAUGGAGAUCCGCGCUUACCGCACCCUACUGGAGGGAGAGGAGGAGAGACUCCGACUCUCGCCCAGCCCCAGCGGGCAGAAGAGGACGGCCAGGACAGGGCAAUCCUCGGGGCAGGUCACCUCUUCCUCCAAGAAGCGUAAGAUGGAGGGAUCAGAGUCGCGGACUACCAGUUACACCCAGCACGCCAGGACCAGCGGGAAGGUGGCCGUGGAGGAGGUGGACCUGGAAGGCAAGUUUAUCCGACUGAAGAACAAGUCCAAUGAGGAUCAGUCGCUGGGGAACUGGACCAUCAAGCGCCAGAUUGGAGACGAUAAGCCGAUUGUUUACCGCUUCCCCCCCAGAGUCAUGCUGAAGGCCGGACAAACCCUGACUGUCUGGGCUGCUGGGGCCGGAGUGGCGCACAACCCCCCCAGCGAAUUUGUCAAUAAGUCCGCUAAUUCCUGGGGCACCGGAGACAGCAUCCGCACUGCUCUGCUUACAUCCAGCAAUGAGGAAGUUGCGAUGCGUAAGCUGGUGCGGGCCCUGGUGAACGAUGAGGAUGAUGAAGAUGAUGAAGAAGAGGAUGAGCACCACCAUCACCACCAUCAUCAUCCAGACGGUCACAACUCCACCGGAGACCCCAGCGAGUACAACCUUCGCUCCCGCAACAUCACCUGCACCACGUGUGGCCAGCCGGCCGACAAGGGUCUCAAUACCUCCGCCGGGGGCGGGGCCUCCUCUUCAUCCAGCUCCUACACUACCGUCACCCGCACCUUCCGCAGCACGGGCGGGGCCAGCGGGAGCAGCGGGCCUGGGAGAGAGUCUGACACCCCGCUCCUACAUCCUGGGGACCAACCAGCGUGCUCAGGUGAGGGACACACCACCCCACCAAUCCAAGAUCACAGACCAUCGCUGUGGGAGGGGCAGAGACACAAUAUACUGCAGGGAAAUAUCAUUGUGGGAGGGGCAGAGACACAAACCACUGGGGGGGAAUCUCAUUGUGGGAGGGGCAGAGGCACAAUAUACUGCUGGAAAUCUCAUUGUGGGCGGGGCAGAGACACAAUAUAG